UGUUGUAUUUAAGCCACCAAACGUGUGUAUGUACUUUGUUUUCCCCGGCAGUUUAUGUUGUAUGUAACAUAGAAAUAAUGUAGGUACCAAGGAGUUGUUGUUAACACGUGUUGCAGAUGCUGCACUGCCAUGGGACUGACUAAGCCUGUUCUGUACAUCGUCCUCGUCACAUUACAUCUCCUUUUUCAGAUGGCGGCGUGUCUACUGAAUGGCACAACACGCAUUUUACCAGUUUCAAACUCAGCUGACAUCGUUCCCAUAACCAGGGUUACAGUAGCCGAUGCCACAAGUCUUCAUAAACAACAGCUAAAACAUCUGGCAACCAAGGCCAAUUCUACUGGCGUAAAACCUCCCCUUAAGUUUCCCCCCAAAACGAGAUCAAAAGGGCUGGCGUCGUUAGCUUCUUCGCGGAAAACAGAACAUGAGUACGGAAAUGUCCCCAACCAGUCUCUUGUCGUUGGGCUUGUAUUCGGCGUGUUGUCUAUAGUGGGGAUUAUCAUCGGAAUACUUGUCAUAAAAUUUCGCAUUCAUAAGGUAUCACCUGUGGCUGCAGCGAGACCUGGCUCUAGUAAAGGGGAGGAAUAACUACACGAGGCGCCAUGGUAGAUCCUUUGUGGACGGUCUCUGUGUGUUUUGUAUAAAAUCUCAAAUCACUGGGAAAGGGGAGCUUAAUCGCAACAUUUACCCUCCACUCUAUGGUGUCACCUACAUUUCUUCCAGAGGCUCCCGUCUUAGUGAUACUAUGACAGUCAUCUUCAGUACCAAAACCGAAUUCAUUUGCCAUUAUCGAGACAUUUCCGCGGAUACUGAAGUGACAUGUGGUACAGACUGUGCUCUGAGCUGUAGGCGUUACAUGGACAAUGAACCUAACAUUUUAAAAUUGAUUUGAUCUUUGCACUUUCGUAAUAAUAUAUAAUAAUGUCCUAGCUCUGUUGUUGCAUUGACCUUUCUUUGAAGAUCCCUUUAGAUGUUCAGUUACUGGACCAAACUUGCUCAUUGUGAAUGAUGUGUUACAAUUUGUUAACGAGAGAUUAUUUAUAUCCCCUUUUGUAUAUCAAUAUGACGUGGUGGCGUUUGUUUGUUGACACUUUUGCAUUGUUCUUUUGUGGGCAGUAAUUCCACUUGCUGCUACAUUCGUCUUCUGGAUAAUUGGUAGGAGGUUUGGCGGGGGUUGUUUCGCGGGUUAUGGUGGGGCCAGAGGCGCCGGCAGUCGCGUCCGAGAAUUCUAUGACCGUCGUUCGAAUCCCUUAUUCGUCCUCUUUAAAAUUGUGGGGUUUCCAGUAAAGAGGUAGAGGGCAAAGAAGUGAACUUCAACCGACAAUAAGCUGGCAGGGCGUGAUAUAACUGAUAUAUUGUAUUUGACAUAUCUAUUUUAUUUGUGUCUGUGGGGCUAGUGUUUGUUGUUUUUGUUUAACGCCGCACUUAGCAAUAUUCCAGGUAUAUGACGGCGUUCUGUAAUUGAUCGAGACUGUACCAGACAAUCCAG